AUGGCUUCCGGCGGAAACGGCGCGGCCUCGGUCCCCGAGCUGCUGGACCUGACCAUCGACAACAUCACGCCCAACACGGUGCGCAUCAACUCGCAGGCCAAGGACGCGCGCCUGCGGUACCUGAUGGAGCGCCUCGUCGUGCACCUGCACGACUUUGCGCGCGAGACGCGCCUCAGCAGCGACGAGUGGAUGACGGGCCUCAUGUUCCUCAUCGCCACGGGCCAGAUCUGCAGCGACGUGCGCAACGAGUUCAUCCUGCUGUCCGACAUCCUGGGCCUGUCGCUGCUCGUCGACAGCAUCAACCACCCCAAGCCGCCCGCGGGCACCGAGGGCUCCGUCCUGGGGCCCUUCCACACGCACGACGCGCCGACGCUGCCCAACGGCGCGUCCAUGACGUCGGACCCGGAGGGCGAGCCGCUGCUGGCCGUGUGCACGGUGCGGGACCCGCAGGGCCGGCCCGUGGCGGGCGUCAAGGUCGACAUCUGGGAGACGGACAGCUCGGGCCACUACGACGUGCAGCACUCGGACCGCGGCGAGCCGUCGGAGCGGUGCGUCAUGGUCACCGACGAGCAGGGCCGGUUCUGGUUCAAGGGCAUCAAGCCCGUCAGCUACCCCAUCCCGCACGACGGGCCCGUGGGCAAGCUGCUGGACCGCCUGGGCCGGCACUGCUGGCGCCCAGCGCACAUGCACUUUAUGUUUGAGAAGGAGGGCUGGGACCACCUCAUCACGGCGCUGUAUGUCCGAGGCGACCCGUACGAGACGUCCGACGCCGUCUUUGGCGUCAAGAAGAGCCUGGUCAUCGAUCUGGACAAGGUCGACAAGAAGACGGCCGAGGAGUACGGCGUCGACGAGGGCAUCCUGCUGCUCAAGCACGACUUUGUGCUGGUGACGCAGAAGGAGACGGAGGAGCUGAGGGAUCGGAACGCGGUCGAGGCGCUGAAGAAGCUGGGCCUCAACAUGAAGCUCGUCGACCAUCUUCCCGUGCCCGACCUCGACUGA